AUGAGCGCGCCGACGCUGACGAACAUGCUCGACGCGCGCGUGAGCGUCAUCACGAACGACGGACGACACAUCGUCGGCACGCUGCGAGGGUUCGACCAGGUGACGAACGUGAUCUUGGAGGACUGCGCCGAGCGCGUGUACUCGAGCGAGAGCGGCGUCGAGGAAGCGCCGUUGGGGGUGUAUAUGAUACGGGGAGAUAAUGUUGCGCUCGUGGGACCGGUGGAUGAAGAAUUAGAUGCAGAGUUAGAUUUAUCGGAGACCAGGGCACCGCCGCUUAAGGCGAUAAAGUUUUGA